AUGGGUAGAAGAUCUAAGAAUAAACAAGGGGUUCCACCUAGUUUUGAUGAAUUUCAAGCUAGAAAGGAAAAGAAAGAUGCCAAAAGAAAGAGAACUGAAGAAGCAAUCGCUGAAAAACCUGCCAAAAAAUCCAAAGAUAUAAAUUAUGCAAAAUCUAAUGACAAAAAGAGCGAAGAACCUGAAGAUUUACCAGAAGUUGACUAUGAAGAGUUGGCUUCUGCCAAAAAAUCGUUAUUCGAUGACUCUGAUGAAGAAGCACCAGAAGCUGAAGCUGAAGAGCUUGACGAUGAAUUCGAUAUUGGUAGCGAUAACGAUGUUGACGGUGAUGAAUUUUAUGAUUCCGAUGAAGACGAUCGUGCCAAGCCUAUGUUUUCUGAUGAUGAAGAUGAUAUGGAAACCUUGAAUGCAGCCAAUAUGGAAGCUUUGUCACGUAAAUUGGACGAAGAAGAAGAACUUGAAGCUGAAGAAGCCGAAAGGGAAUUAGUUGAAGGUGCCACUCAACCAAAGGCCAAAAUCUUACCAACACCAGAAGAAGAAGCAUUAUUACAAAAGGGCCCUCAAGACCUUACGAUGGUGAGAACUAGAAUGAUUGAAGUUGUGAAAGUUUUAGAAAAUUUCAAAGAAUUGGCAGAAGAAGGUAAAUCAAGAGCCGAAUAUACUAACAGAUUGUUAAAAGACAUCUGUGAAUAUUUCGGUUAUAAUGAAUUUUUAGCUGAAAAAUUAUUCAAUCUUUUCUCUCCAGCUGAAGCCAUGGAAUUUUUCGAAGCAAAUGAAAUUGCAAGACCUAUAACUAUCAGAACAAAUACUCUUAAAACUAGACGUCGUGAUUUAGCCCAGACCUUAGUGAACCGUGGUGUUAACUUGCAACCAAUUGGAUCCUGGACUAAAGUUGGAUUACAAAUUUUUGAUUCUCAAGUUCCAAUAGGUGCUACUCCAGAAUAUUUGGCCGGUCAAUAUAUCUUACAAGCUGCAUCAUCUUUCUUACCUGUCAUGGCAUUAGACCCUCAAGAAAAUGAACGUAUAUUGGAUAUGGCAGCUGCACCAGGUGGUAAGACUACUUAUAUUUCUGCUCUCAUGAAAAAUACUGGUUGUGUUUUCGCUAAUGAUGCUAAUAAAGCCCGUACCAAAUCAUUAAUUGCAAAUAUUCAUAGAUUGGGAUGUAAAAACACCAUUGUAUGUAAUUAUGAUGCUAGAGAAUUUCCAAAAGUUAUCGGUGGUUUCGACAGAAUUUUAUUAGAUGCUCCAUGCUCAGGUACUGGGGUUAUUGCUAAAGAUGAAUCAGUUAAAGUUAACCGUUCAGAAAAAGAUUUCAUUCAAAUCCCACACUUGCAAAAACAAUUAUUGUUAUCUGCAAUUGAUUCUGUUGAUGCUAAUUCAGCAACUGGGGGUGUUAUCGUAUACUCUACUUGUUCAGUUGCUGUAGAUGAAAAUGAAGCUGUCGUUGAUUAUGCUUUAAGAAAGAGACCUAAUGUUAAAUUAGUUGAAUCUGGCUUACAAAUCGGUAAAGAAGGUUUCACUUCUUAUCGUGGUAAACAUUUCAACCCAAGUAUUUCAUUGACUAGACGUUAUUAUCCUCAUACUUAUAACGUUGAUGGGUUUUAUGUUGCUAAAUUCAAAAAAGUUGCUCCUUCUCCACAUGAUAUCUCUAAAGCUGGUGCCAAAGAAAAAGAAUCAUUAGCUAGAUCUGAAGCCGAAGAAGAAGGUAUCAUCCAUGACGAUUUCGCUGAGUUCGAUGAAGCCGAAGAUAAGGAAAUCAUUGAUCAAACUAUGAAGAGAAACUUAAAGAGAAAAGGUAUUAACCCAAGUUCUGUUUUGAACAAGAACAAAUAG